GUCUCGAAUUUCAUUAUAAUUUCGUGUUCGGGGAAUCGAUCGAGGUACUGUUACGUACUGGUGAGGGAGGGGGAAUCAACAAUGCAAAGGAGGGAGGGAAUUGAGCCCUGGAGGAGGAAAAUUAGACAACUCUGAGGUGAUGGAUGACGCUCGGUGUGCAGCAGCUGAUUAAGGUUUUCCGGACUUGUCGUAGAAUCUUUCGGGAAUGGCAAUUUCGGUGGACAGGUGGAGGUGCGCAACUGUAAAUAAGCACGACACGACAAAGGCAUCUAGAGAACUGUGGCCUUCGGAUGCACUGCCGAUCAGAGCCUGACCGGGGAGCACUUACAGUUGUGGGAGCUGAAGUUCCUUGAGUCGAUACAAUUCAUUCUAGUUGCGUUUCAGUUCUGGCUUUGAGUGGAAGAGUCGAGAAGCCAACUAUUGUUUGAUGACGGAGAGAGUGGUGGUGCAAUGGAGGGAUAGCGAUCUCCCAGUUCCUAGGGUUGGUGGUAUUGUUGAAGCGCAUCAUGAUUUUGUACGUUAGGGUGUUUGGGUUGGUCUGGUCGGGAAUUGGAUCUCGUGAUAAAAUUCUCUUGGUUUGUGGGUGUUUCCUCAAUAGCUGUUUGCGUUGACAAAUAAUCUAAAUCGUUAUGACGAUAACUUAUUGUUCGCGAGUUCGUUCUUGCCGUUGUUGAGUACACAUUCUUGAUGCUGGCUAUUCAUGAGAACUAGUAUUGCGAACGUUUGGCCAUGACUUUCUGAGUUUGUCCUACGUGUGAAGAAGUUUGCAUGGAUUUUUUCUGGUGUAGAGCUUUCGAUUGGCAUUUCUUGCAUAUUCUGGGGUUUCUUUGAUAUAGUUGGUGAUUCUUGUCCUAGAGACUUCUUCUCGCAAGUUGCUCUGUGUGUGCUGUAUUGAUCGUCGAUUACUUGAGUUGAGAGCUUCUUUCGUUGGACUAGCAUUAUGCAGUUCACGACGCUGUAGGGUGGUAGCGCGCAGUUUCUCUUCUUGGGUUAGGCUACAGCCUGCCCUAUAACGUGAAUUCAAGUUCUUGCAAUGGGUGGAUUUAGCAGAGUAUAUUAGCGUACAAUGGCGCAGGAUUGAAUCAGGUUACAUCUAGUUGCAGUUUUCCGUUACUUACCAUUAGCACUUGUGUGCCAUCAAUUCCUAUGUAGAACCCGAUUUUCCUCUCGAUGAUUGCGCAUUCCUUUUGACGAACAAAGAGUUUGUCUUUCUUAUUCAAUAACUGUUUGCAACUUGAAUUAGGGCCAAGCUGGGCUGGAAAGAGAAUUGCACACAUUUCUGCUGUUCACCACUGCUGAUAACUUGAUUCCCGAGACUGAAUUGGGAUUUUAAAAGGGAGCUAGUUUGGGGAGGGGAGCAGGGCACGCUUUCUGUAUCGGGAAGCGCCAAUCAGACAGCAAGAAAACAUGGUGGUAUCUUGUGCCAAUGCUGCGGUUGCUGGAUUGGUGUCUUCAUUUGUGCUUCCCAAAACUCCAACAUCAUGUUCUGGAAGCCGAACUUCAGAGUUUCUCGAUGCGUCGUGGAAGAGAGCAUCUCUUAGUAUCACACACACAGAACCGAGUAAAACUGGCUAUUGUGUGGUGAGGAUGCAAACGGUUGAAGAGGCUAAAGUUGGAACACGGACGUUAUUGAUCAGUAGUGUGAUCGCAUCCGAGGUGAAAGAAGUCCCAUCUCCUCGAACGCGGCCUUUGCGAGUGCUAGUGGCAGGCGGUGGAAUCGGUGGCCUUGUUUUCGCUCUUGCAGCUAAGAACAAGGGUUUGGACGUGGUUGUGUUCGAACGGGAUAUGAGCGCCAUCCGAGGGGAAGGUCAAUACCGAGGACCCAUCCAGAUCCAAAGCAAUGCCCUGGCGGCGUUGGAGGCAGUAGAUCGGCAAGCUGCGGAGGAGAUAAUGGCAAAUGGUUGCGUCACAGGGGACCGCAUCAACGGCCUCGUAGAUGGAAUUUCUGGCGAGUGGUACUGCAAGUUCGAUACCUUCACACCCGCAGUCGAGCGAGGAUUACCCAUCACGCGAGUCAUCAGUCGAAUGAAGCUCCAAGAGAUUCUUUCCGGUGCUCUGGGGCUUGAACACAUCCUGAACGGCUCCAAUGUGGUGGAUUUUGUCGACGACGGGCGCAAGGUGAAGGUCACGCUGGAGGAUGGCCGUACAUUUGAAGGGGACCGCUCCAAGCUGCGAGCCAAAUUACUAGGAGACGAUCCGACAAUGUACUCGGACUACACUUGCUACACAGGAAUCGCUGAUUUCGUGCCUGCCGACAUUGACACCGUUGGUUAUCGUGUCUUCCUCGGCCAUAAACAAUAUUUUGUGUCCUCGGACGUGGGUCAAGGAAAGAUGCAAUGGUAUGCCUUUCACAACGAACCCGCUGGCGGGGUGGACGCUCCCGGCGCCAGGAAAGCAAGGUUGAUGUCGUUAUUCGGAGGGUGGUGUGACAAAGUGGUGGAUCUUCUUAUGGCAACUCCGGAGGAGCAAAUUCUACGCCGUGAUAUUUAUGACCGGGCUCCAAUUCUGACCUGGAGUAAGGGCAGAGUAACGCUUCUCGGUGAUUCGGCGCACGCCAUGCAACCGAACCUCGGUCAAGGUGGUUGUAUGGCGAUCGAGGAUGGCUUCCAACUUGCUCUGGAUUUGUCAAAAGCCGCUCAGCAACCUUCACCCGACUUACAAAAAGUGCUGAAAGAUUACGAGGGCAAGAGGAGGAUACGCGUGGGGGUGAUCCAUGGUCUGGCACGCAUGGCGGCCUUUAUGGCCAGCACAUACAAGCUCUAUCUCGGGGAGGGCCUCGGCCCUCUCUCAUUCAUCCAAAAACUCAAAAUCCCUCACCCAGGUCGCGCGGGAGGCCGGUUCCUCAUUUCCCUCGGCAUGCAAACCAUGCUCAGCUGGAUUCUGGGCGGUAAUAGCUUCGCACUUGAGGGCCGCGUUCCAUACUGCAGCCUCAAGGACAAGGCGGACUCCAACCUCACGAAAUGGUUCCGGAACGACGACGAACUUGAGAAAGCCACCAACGCUGACUGGUACUUAGUCCCGGCCUCGGAACGAAUGCCGAUCGAAGGCAACGUGGCGGAAACCGGGAGGUCUCUACUGCAUCUGUGCAAGGAGGAAUCCAAGCCAACCAUCGUGGGAUACAAGCCCUGCGAGCCAGAGCUUGGCGAGUUCCGCGCUAUGACCCUCCCCCACGUCGCACCCCGCCAUGCCAAGCUCAUAUUCAACGAUGGCGCUCUAUUUAUCACUGAUCUAGACAGCAAGACCGGCACUUGGAUCAACAGCAUCAAAGGUGGUAGGCACAGGCUGCCGCCCAAGAGACCCGUUCGAGUUCAUCCCGAAGAUGUCAUCGAGUUCGGCCCUGCCAAGGAGGCUCGGUUCAAAGUGAAGCUUCGAAGGCUUCACAGUCUUCAGGUCAGGGACGCGACCUAACAACACGGACUUGAUUACGUCUGAAGCAUUCUAGCAAUCGACGAGAACUCAGUAGAAGAGGGACUCUCAACAGCAGCACCAAAUUACCACUAAAGCCACAAGUUUUGAGUUGGAUCCACAGACUGAGUGAAGUGCGUCAACACAGAUCGAUCGCUCAUGCUUUUCUGAACUCAUCACAGAGAAGCGUGUUCACCGCCAUCACUCUUGAAAUGAAAGAAACCGUAGGCUACGUGAAUCCGUUGCCGCUUUGUACAUUGCUAGAGUAUGAUCGUGCUGCACGGGAAUCGGAUGCGCUGUGUGAGCUCAGGCCCGAGUGUGAUCGAUCGCCGUUUCACUUCGACAUACUAUUGACCGCCGUAUCGUUAUGGAUGAUAUUUAUUCAUCCACUUAUUCAUCCACGAUGGAUAGUUUGACUGGUGGUGGAUGAAUGAAAGCGUAGGUGGAUGUACUGAUAAUAGAUGGAUGAUGAUCGAUGAGGGAGAAAUACGGUAGUUAACGUCAUUUGAUUGUGUAGGUUUUAGGGUUUUAGGGUAAAUCCUAAACCUGAUAUUUACAACUUUGAAGAAGUGAAUGUAUGUGCACAUGAACAAAUGAACACCAAAUAUGGCAGAUGUUUUCAAAACA